AUUUCCAUGGACUUAUAACUGCUAUAACAGUUAUGGGUAGGUUCGACAAAGUCCAUCGAAUCAUAUCACGAUUCCGGGCCGACCAACUCGGGCCGGUUCGUCCGGUCCAGUUUCCGUUGGACCGCUGUCGAACCCCCGCCGCUCCUAACCGUCUCUUCCCUCGGUUGACUGGUAGCUGCAGCUUCCUCACUCCGAACCCUCCAUUCUAAUCUUCCCAGGGGAAUGAUGGCGAUCCAAUGCAACCGCCGCAUGCAUCCCUGACGCCAUGGAAGAGCAAGGCACCGACGCGUCCCCGAUCGAGAGCCCCCCUCGCCCUGAUGCCGCCCUCCGGGCCGAGCUCGAAUCCCUUCGGGAUUCCCACCGCGAGCUCCGAUCCAGAUUCGCGGCCGCGGAGGAGUCCCUUGCGGGUCUUCGAAUCCGCGAUCUCGAUCUCUCCCGGGCACUGGAGCAAGCGUCGGAGGAGCGGGACUCGCUCAGGAUCAAGCUCAUCGAGGCGGAGGUCUCCGCUAGGGAGGAGGAGGAGGAAGCGAGUUGGGCGCAAAGAUGGGAACUUUCGCACCUGAUCGAGAUCUUCAAAGCUAGGUUUAACGAGGUGGUGGAGGAAAGGAGCAGAAGAGACGGAGUGGUGUCGGGGAUCCUUGAUUCGAUGAGAUCGGUGAGAGGCUGCUUGAGCAGGAUUGGCGGGAGGAUCAGCGACGAAAACUUCGAGGAAGACGAUGGGGAAAAGUCCAAUCUCGAGGACGCAUCGGAGGUUGUCUCGAAGGAGAGCAGAUUGAUCUGCCAGCUUGGGGUGGCAGUGGAAUCAAAGUUUACGGAACACGACAAGAUGAGGAGGAAGGAGAAGAAGGAGCUGGAGAACAGCAUCGUCAGUUUGACGGAGGAGAACAGGGACAUCAGCAGCUUGCUCAGGGUUGCCCUGGUGGAGAAGGAGGCCGUGGAGAAGAGCCUUAGUAAGCUGAAGGGAAGCGGGGAGCAGAAGCGGGGCGCGAUUCUGCAGAUAGCUGAGAGAGGGCUGCAGAGGGUCGGAUUUGGCUUCAUAAAGGGGGUCAUCGGCGGCGAGUCACAGCCGGAUCAACCAAGCAGUUCCAGUGUCAGUGCUACCUCCGACGGCAGCGAAUGCGAGGAGGAGGUGAUCAGUCUGGCUUCUACCGUUGAAAGGAUAAUGAGAAAUCUGCGCCUUGAGAUUACUGAUCUAAGACGAGCCCUGGAGGAGUCCAGGUCAGAGAGUGAGGAUUUGCAGUCUCUCAUCGAGAAACAAGAAGAGAAGAUCAUAGAGGGUGAACUGUACAUAAAAGAUCUGGAAGAGAGACAAAUCUUGCUGGCUAAAAGUGUUGAAGAGCUGACGACCGAGAUAAAGGAAGCAGGAGAAGAGGCCGCACGAUGGAGGGAAGCUUGUGAACUGGAGGUAGAAGCUGGAAAAGCUGCAAUCGUAGAGCGUGAGAAGGAGGUCGGUUCGCUGAGAGAGGAGCUGAGGAGAACGAAGUCAGCGCUGGAUACAGCAAACGGUAAGCUGAGCUUGAAGGAGAAGCUGGCGAAGACCGCGAUGGCGGCUCAGGCUGCCGCAGAAGCAACCUUGCGGCUGGCGGACAAGAGGGCGGCUGGGCUUGGGGAGCGGAUCGAGGAGCUCACGAGGCAGCUAGAGGAAGAGGCGGAGCACGGCAGAAGAGAGAGGACCGGAGUCGGAAGGCGGGUGAGGUAUGUCUGCUGGCCGUGGCAAGCCUUCAGAGUCGCGCCCGCUGCUCGAGCGGGUUCCAGGAGCAGGGAGAGGAGGAGGAGGAUGAUGAUGCUGCCUGAAAUGGAGGCUCUGCUGCGUUUCAACAUAUAGAAGCGAGUUAUUGUGCCAUUGCUGCAGGGAAUGCUACUUCUCUAAGAUCUCGUCAUUAACCAGCAGGAAGACAACCAGAAGACGGAUUACUCGUGGUGUCUUUGGAAACGAUAGCGUAUGCAUAGGAUCAGGUGUAUCGAACGACAGUAUUGUGGCCUUGAAAUGAACAUUACUGAACAUACUGUGCUA